AUGACAAUGAAAAAUCAAACCACAGUGACCGAAUUUAUCCUCCUGGGACUUUCCAGUGACCCACAGAUGCAGAUUUUCCUCUUCUUGGUGUUCUUAGUUAUUUACCUAAUCACUCUGGGUGGUAACAUAGUGAUCAUGGUGGUGAUAAGAGCUGAUUCUCACCUUCACACCCCUAUGUACUUCUUCCUCUUCCAUUUAUCCUUUGUUGAUAUCUGCUAUUCCUCAGUCACAGUGCCUAAUAUGCUGAUGAACUUCCUAGCAGAGCACAAAACUAUUUCUGUCAAUGGCUGCAUUGCCCAGAUGUUCCUUUUCAUCCUCUCGGCUGGUACUGAAGCUUUCAUUCUCUCAGCCAUGGCUUAUGACCGCUAUGCUGCCAUUUGUGACCCAUUGCGUUAUGUGGAGACAAUGAGGAAAGGGAUCUGUGUUCAGCUGGUUAGUGGUGCAUGGAGCAUGGGCUUCUUCUAUGCCCUUCUUAAUACAAUUUUUGCCCUCAAGUUGCAUUUCUGUGGGCCCAAUCAAAUCAGCCAUUUCAGCUGUGAGCUCCCUCCUCUCUUACAACUGUCCUGCACUGACAUCCUCACCAAUCAAGUGGUGCUACUUAUUUCUGCUUUGGUAUUUGGGUUGAGCUCCUUCCUCCUCACUCUAAUCUCCUAUAUUCACAUCAUCUCCACCAUCCUGCAGAUACGCUCCACGGAGGGCAGGCGUAAAGCCUUCUCCACCUGCAGCUCCCACCUAAUUGUGGUUGGCUUGUUGUACGUGACAGGUUUUCUCCAGUACACAAAACCCAGCUCAGUCUCCUCUGUGGUUUUGGAUGAAAUGUUCUCCAUCCAGUACAGCAUCUUGACACCCUUGUUAAACCCCAUUGUCUAUAGCCUGAAAAACAAGGAGGUGAAAACAGCUCUAAGGAAUAUAUUGUGGAAAUUCAGGUUUCUCAAUUAG